CAAUAGUCACUCGUCGCGCUAUAUCGGACCACCACCCUCCACCACCACCCGAGCACUCGCCCCCACUAUUUUCUAGGGUUUCGUUUGUCGCCUCUGGGGACCUGACUGAAUUGCUAGUUACGUUCGUACCCUUCCCGCGCUACCCAGCGGCUCUUUCGCCGUUUCGUUCAAGAUUCGCGUGUUUCGGUUUCUUCCUUUAUACGCGAACCGGGCCAGCGUCGUUAGAGUCGCGAACGUGUUACAGGUCGUCAGCGUCCUUAGAUUCGCGGACAUCAUAUAAGUCGCCAGCGUCUCCUAAGCCGCGAUGACGACGGCAGCGCGGCCGACAUGGGCGCCGGCGAAGGGAGGCGAGGAGCAGGGGGGGUCGCGCAUGUUCGGGCCGAGCCAGAAGUACUCCGCGAGAGAUGUCGCCAGCCACACCAGCCUCAAACCCAGGAGGGAGGGUCAGGUGACGAAGGAGGAGGUGAAGCGACGGGACUUGAGGCAGGAGCUGGAGGAGCGGGAGAGGCGCCACUUCGCCGCCAAGGACAAGGAGCACCAGCUGCAGACAGACGACCGCAAACGAGGCAGCACCUUGCUGUUACAAGGAGGGGCGUUGGGGGGGCGAAGAGAGGUGGAGGAGCGGUUGAUCCCGAGAGCAGCAGACGCGGACGAUUCCGAUGGGGAGGAGAGGAGAGGCGCGGGGGAUGGUGACGAGGAUGAGGACGAUGAUGACGAGGACGAUGACGAGGAUGACACCAUGGAGCUGCUGGCUGAGCUGGAGCGGAUCAAGAAGGAAAGAGCGGAGGAGAAAUUGCGCAAGGAGAAGGAGCAGGCGGAGCAGGACGCCAAGGCGAGGGAGACAGAGAUGGCGCGAGGCAACCCGAUCUUGGGCGCCGGGGGGUCAGCCUUUGCUGUCAAGCGCAGGUGGGAUGACGACGUGGUGUUCCGCAACCAGGCCAAGGACGAGCAGAAGGUGACCAAGCGCUUUAUCAACGACACCAUCCGCAGCGACUUCCACCGCCGCUUCCUCAACAAGUACAUGAAGUAGCGUGCCUGGCGGUACGGCACAUGGAAAUACCUCAAGAAGCAGUCGAGCCUCCGUCUUUCCAAAGCUAGCCCGGUACACCCCAGUGUAAAUUUGUUCCAUUUAUGCAAUGAAAAUCCCUUGCGAUGACAACAUGCUGUUGCUCAUUCUUGAUGGAAGAAGGGUCAUGUUCUGUGACUCUUGCUCGCAUACGUCGGUGAGAGUUUCAAUCAGU